AUGAAUUUGUUGGAGAGUAAAAGAAGAGCAGUUCGCUCUAUUUCUGAAUAGUCAUUUUAAAAAUAAAAUCAUAGAUACUAAAAUCAAUAGGAAGAUCCUUCCUAUUAGGAUAAUUAGAAAUCUUAUUUGAAUACUAGCUCCUUUAUUGCGAUGCCUAAAGGAAAUUUUUUUGAUUCUCGCAAAAGUUAAUCAAUCGUUCAUAAAUAGCCAAUAUAAAGUUAAAAUAAAUCAUUAAAUGAUAUACUGAAGUUGAAUGCAAAAGUAAAAGAAGAUGAAGAAAAAAAUAUAUAAAAAACAAGAAAUUUAAUAUCAAACAGCAUUGUUAGAGAUUAUGCAAAAAAUCCAGCUUAAACUGAAAGGAGUUUAAAUUCUAGAAGCAAUAAUAAUACUACAUAUCAAACAACAAGAGUCUAAACUUCUUAUUUAAGAGGACUAAGUACUGCUGGAACAUCAGGUAAUGAUGUAAAAUUUAUGAAAUUUUACAAUUUUGAAGAUUUUCUUGAAAAGACUAAGCUAUAAAUACUCUCAUCAUAAUAAACUUAGCAAUAAAACUAAACAUAGAUGCAAAAUUAAUAAAAACCUAAGGCAUAGCAAUAAACAGUAUUAAAUUAUUAAUCGUAGCCAUAACAACAAUAAUUACAGUAGCCUUACUAAAAUAGAGGAGUUUUGAAUGUAUAGAAAGCUUACUUGACAAGUCUAACGCAUAUUAAAAAUUAAAAAAUCCAGCCACUUACACUUUAAUAGAAAAAGGCAGUUAGCAGUGCAGAAGAUUAUUACAAAUAUGUACAGCAAAGGAAUGAAAAAAAUAACAAAAAUUUGAUAGGAUAGGAGAAUAAUUAUGCUUUACCUUCCAGAUAACCUUCAUUGGAUUAAAUUUAUGAGAAAGUUUUCUAAGAAUAAAAAUAAGAGGAAGAAUAAUUAUUGAAUUCCAUAAAGGCUAAAUAAAAUUAGAAAUAAAUACAAUAAAAUUAUUAAACAGAAUCUUUCAAAAUGAAUACAUAACCAAAAUAAACAUAAGUGCAAGUUUUGAGAUUAAAUGAUAAUAAUUUAGAUUAAUAAUCAUAAAUAUCAGAAGAGAAUAGUUUCGAAAUGGAAUCUUCAAUUAAAGAUAAAGUGUAGAAAAUUAAAUUUCACAAAAUUUAAAUGACUGAAAAAGAUAAAGCAUAACCUGAGUACUAUGAAGAGUAUAUGAAAGAAAUUAAGGUUAACGUUAAGAUGGAACAUGAGUUGAUUAAUAUAGAGGCUGAACUUGGCAAAGUUGAAAAACCAGAAAUUGUUAGUAUGCAAAUUUAAAUUUUUAAAGAGUGUCCUUUAGAAUUUUAGUCUUUAGAAUUUAAGGAAGUUUACGAAUUAACAGAAAGUCCAAAUAUAAAAUAUAUAAAAUGCUUUAACAAUUAGAAAAAUAGAGAGGAAAUUAUUGAGCUGUUUGAGUGCUAAAAUAUUAAUUCUCAUCUUUACUAUUUCAAAAAUUUAAUAUUAAGAUUUCUUUUACAAAAUAAAGGAAUAACUCCAAAUUCUUUAAUUCCUAAUUUUGCUUUGUCUAAUAACACUAAUUCAAAUAAAGUAAUUAUCAUAAGUGUUUUUCCUAUACUUAUUCCAUUGGAAAGUAUUAUUCACUUUAGGUAUUUUGCUAAAAAGCCUUUCCCUGAAAAACAGCUAUUAACAAUGAUGAAAACUAUGAUAUUCUAAAUUAAAUAUUUAUAUGAGAAUUAUAGAUUAUCAGUUGGUCAAAUCAACACAGAAAGCAUAUUUUUAGAUUGUUAAGACUAUUAAUUAAAAUUUUUCAAUUUAUCAUCAGCUUCUAUCCACAUCUUACCAACAAAAAUGAGCUAAUUUUGGAACAGUAGCUCUUUAAUGAAAGAUUGUUAAGAGCUUGGCUAAUGCUUUUUCAUGUUAAAAAAUUUAAUGACUCAAGAAAGAAUGAAUGAAAAAUCAGAUAACCAUCAAAUAGAAUCAAUCCAUGAAUUAGAAGAUAAAAAAGACCAAUUCAGCUCUGAGAUAAUACUUGAACUGCUUAAAAUACAGAAGAUAUCAUCAGAGGCAGAAAAUCAAAGAUCAGAAUAUGAUCCAUUUAGAAGAAUAAAUUACAUCUUUGAAAAACAAAUAAAAGAUUAUUAAUUAGAAGUUAUUGAUCUAGAUUUUAAAAAUUUGGAUAUUUUCAUGAAUGCAAGAAUCUUGAAAGACAACCAAACAUUUUCUUUGUACUAUGAAAAAACACUUCAACCAACAAAAUCUCUUGCUUAUAAAAAAAUCAAGACACCACAAGAAAAGUUAUCUGAGUUAAAAGCUUGUCUUGAAAAUUGGAAAAUUCACCUGAAAAAUAAAGAGUUUGAAUCAUGUGAAAAAUAUGGAGAUUAUUAUAUUUAGAAUGUAGAUUAAGAAGAAAUGAAUGAAAAAUAAAAACUUAAAUUAGCUAAAAUAUUUUCUAAGUAAGGAGGAGUAAAAAUUGUGAUGUAAAAAUAUGAAUAAGGCAGAAAUUACUUGUUAGAGGGUUUAGCCAUUUAUAAUUCUCUUAAUUAAAGAUAUGCUUCAGAUUGUGUUAUGAUUAUAAUCGAAUUAGCUAAAUUAGAUUUGAUUUAUGAAAACUAAGUAAACUGUGAAUCUGCUGCAAGCUAUCUAUUGGAACUAUACUUUGCUUAAUUGCUUGGUGAAGAGUCAUAGAUUUAAUGGGAAUUUAAUUUGAUUACCUAAAUAUUAGAAUUACUUUCUAUGCUUGCAUCAAAGCUAAAUAUCUAUGAAGUUUAGCCAUUUUUUUAUGAUUAGAUUAUAAAUUCAAUGAGAAUAAAGCUUGAGUAGUAAUCUAUUUUAGUAAAAAGUAAUACAAUUGUUGAUUAUUAUAUCAAGUCUGCUGAUUGUUAUUAGGAAUGCUCUAACUUAAAAGAAGCAGCUAAGAUUCUAGAAAAAUGCGUUGUAUUUGCAGAAAAUGAUUAGGGCUUAGAGAAAAUUGCUUCUAAGCAGUCUUAAAUUCUUUAAGAAGCCAGAGAAAUAGCUUAAAUAGAAAAAGUAAAUGAUAAAGUUUUUGAAAAAAUCGAAGAAUUUAGAAAUAAAUUAACUCAUUCGCUCAACCCUGCCUCACCUGAUUAUUUAUCUUACUAUGAUAUAUUUGAAUAAUAUUUUAAUUACGUUAUUACUAAUAACAUAUAAACUGAUGAGCAAUUUAUUUCUGAAUUAACUUAAGCAUCAUCUAUUGUUGGAGGUAAUUAACUAAAGUAGCCAUAAAAGGCUUAAAAAUAUCUUCUUAAAGCUUUAGAAAAGUUAUUUUAAUCAGAAAAUUAUAGCUAAGAAGAACUAAAAACUAUGAAAUUAGAUAUAUAUGAAAAAAUAGGCCUUUAUAGUUUUGAAUAAGACUAAGAUUUACUUGCUUUAAUGUGGUUUUUGGUUUGCAUUUAAAUCAGAAUUUAGGAUCUUAACAAUAAUCGCUAAUAUGAUGAAUUAUAUUUUAACAACUUAAACUAGAUCAGCAAAUGCUCUCUAAGGUUAAAAUAUAAUUAUGUAUACAUAAUAAUAUAGAAGACAAUAUUGUCAAAACUGAAAAACGAGCAAGAAUAACUUAAAGUUUUAACUAAUAUUACUAAAAUGAACAUAGAGGUAGCUAAUCUUACAGAUGGUUUUCAAUUUAACGAGCUAGCAAAAAAGCUUGCAGAAAAAUUGAAAGAUUUUUCCACACUUUAAAAUAUUCAAACUUAUAGCUUAAGUCUAAUUAGUAAAAUCCCAGAUUCCGAAGAAGCUAAGUUGUAUUUGUAGUCAUUGAAAACUAACAUUGAAAAACUCAUUUAAGAAGGUUAAUUAAAUGAAGCUAUCUUAUAGUAUCAAGAGUAUUUUAAAAUAAUAGAGGCCUAAAAAGAUCCAAAUUUCAGCAUUCAAACUGUUGAAGACUAUAAUGAAUAUGCUGACUUGAUUUGGAAACAAGGAAAUAAAAAGCUAGCUAUGAAUUAAUUCAAAAAAGGUUUGAAGAUUUAAAUAAAAUUAUUUGGAUUAAGCGAACCAAACACUCUUAAGAACAUUUAAAAUGUUGGUAUUUUAUAUUAUGAAUUAGAGAUGCAUGAACAAGCCUUAAUUUUAUUCGAAGAUAUUCUGAAAACUCUUAGAAGAACUAAAACUUACAACACAUAAUACUUUUAAGCCCUAGAAUAUGAAGCAAACAUUUACAAAUUACAAAAAAAUGUUGAUCAAUCACUUGUUUGUCUUCAUGAGUACAGAGAUGUUAUUUAAAAAUUUCCUCCUAAAAAUCCCCAAUUUAACAAUAAACUGUAAGAAAUAUCAUUUGAAAUUGGAAAAUUGUAUAGUGAGUAAAGAAAAUUUUAUGAAGCAGAACCAUACUUUAGAGAAGCUCUCAAAAUAAAAGCUAAAUUAUAAAGCAACGAUGCAAAUAUUAUAAUUUAAAAGUACCUAUACGAGUAUAGCUAAUGCCUUUUUCAAGUAGGUAAUAGCUUAGAAGCUUAAAAUGUAUUUAAAGAGUAAGUAGAAACCUGGAAAAGACUCCGAACUAUCAAACCAAAUUAGAUGUAAAUGUAUUUGGACGAUUAUCACGAACUAUUCCUUAACUACUCUAGGAUAUCAAACAUGUUUGAUGUUAUUUCAGAGAUAAAACACAAUUUUGAGUAGAAAAACGUAAAAACUAAUAUCUAAACUAACGAAUUCUACAAAGCUCUUUGUGUUAAACUUGCUGAAAUAUAAACUCACUAUCAAAUUAAGUGA